GGGACAUUAAGAGGGGGCUGGCUCGAGCCUUUAAAUCAAUACCAAAUUUGAUCCUCACUUUCUCUCUAUUUUUAUCGAACCCGAAAUUGUUUUCAGCCCCCAAAACCAAUCGGAUUCACUCGUGGCGUUUUUAGUCGUCUUUUCCUUCUUCUUCUUCCCCCUUUUUACUUUCUCUCCUUGUCGAAGAGGGUUUCGAUUCGAUAAUUUCAUUCAUCAAAAUUAGUAUUUUAUCGUACCACCGAUCGAUUCCCUACACCACCAAUCGAACUUUAGUGUUUUUAUUUGUUUAAUUUGAUUCAGUGAUUACAAGUGAUUGGGGUUCAAGUGUUUAUUUUACUGACAAAGGAAGUGGAUUUUUAUUGAAUUUAACCUUUGGGCGGUGAAAGAAGAUUAGUGUUUUGGUGUGGCAAAAAGGGGUUACUGGAUGAUUUCCUGCUGUAGCUGUGUGUCCCAUGGAACUUUAGUUCAUGAAGACUUCAGCAAAGGGUUGUUUGUGCAAUACAACCCUUGGUAUUAGCAGCCUCAAUGGUGGAAUUGUCAAAACUUGUCACAACCUUCUUAAAGUCUAGCAUACAGAAUAAAGAUGCACGCGCAGACCCAUAUGUCUGGACAGAUAUCAGGCCAAGUAACCAACCAAGUAGGCCCUCAAAUGUCUGGAAUGCCCCAACAUAAUGGCAGCUCACUAGCUCCCCAGAUGCAGAAUUAUACUGGUUUCAUUAAUAAUUUGGAUAUGGAUCCCGAGGUUGAUAGGUCACGCACAAAAAUGCGGGAAAAAAUUUUAUCACUUAUGACGCAGCGGCCGGCUACUACAGAAAUGCUUCCAAAGCUUAGAGAUAUGGUGAAGCGUUUGGAUGAUGGUCUAUAUAGGAACGCUUCCUCUCAGGAGGAGUACAUGAACGUUGCUACAUUGGAGCAGCGUUUGCGUAUUGUGGUCAGGCAAACCCAAGGUCAAAAUCACAACCAGCAAUUGCCUCACCCCAGUUCAUCUUCCUCAUCCGUUGGAACAAUGAUACCGACCCCUGGCAUGUCACAUCAUAAUGGAAAUGUGAACUCAAGUAUCACGUCUUCUAUGACCAAUUCUAUGAUUGCUCCAACUGGUUCUAAUACCUUGCAACAAAAUACUGUGAACAUGGGGCAAUUGUUACCCGGUACCUCUGGUUCUAGCGGUAGUGUACAUGGUGGUUCCUUCAAUUCAUCCAAUGGAGGCCUUUCUAAUGGAUAUGAACAAUCACCAAGCGGUAUCUCUUUUGGAUCUGGUGGAGCUAACAUGAUGGCACAAAGAAUUCCAAGCCAAAUGAUUCCUACUCCAGGUUUGAGUAAUACUCAGUCUUCUGUGAACCCUGAAUCCAUCAAUAACGGAAGUGGAUUUUCUGGGGUUGAUUCAUCAACAGUACCACAAUCAAAACAGUACAUUGGUGGCGGGAAUAACAGUCGCAUAUUGCAAAGCCUGGGAGGUCAAGUAGGAAUGAUGAGAUCUAAUUUGCAGCAGAAGGCUUAUGGGUUUUCAAAUGGUGCUCUGAAUGGUGGGUUAGGUGUUGGUAACAGUAUGCAACUGAUGAAUGGGCCUGCAUCAUCUGAUGGCUAUCUUACCGCGUCAGCAUAUAGCAACUCAUCAAAACCUUUGCAUCAGCACUUCGACCAGCAACGUCAACAACUAAUACCAUCAGCGUUGUCCCAGCAAAUGGGUCCAAUGGCAGGUGAUGGAUAUGGAUUAAGUUCUGCUGAUUUGUCUGGUUCUGGGAACUUAUAUGGUGGUCUGACCUCUAUUGGGUCUGCAAUGGAUAACCAAAAUAUAAAUUCUGCGAGCAUGCAGCCUAAGUCAAAAACUAACCCGACAAUGAUGGUCAAUCAACCUAAUCAGCAGGCAAUGAAACAAGUGAAGCCUCAGAUGAUUGAUCAUUCAUCAAAAGUGAGUUUUCAACCGGCUCAUUCUUCUCAUCAACAGAUACCAAAGUUUCAGCCGCAACAAUUUCAGCAGAACCAUAAUCAGCUCCACCAGCAACAAUUCGUCCAGCAUCAAAAUAUGCAAAAACAGCAAAAUCAGCAUCACCAACAGCUUCUGUUGAAGAAUGAUGCUCUAAGGCAGGCUCAACUAUCUCAUCUAGGAGAAAAUAUGGUAGAGCAUGGAGCUGAGACUCAUAAUAAUGAAGUUCUACAAUCACAAGAUUCCGAUCAGUUUCAACUUUCUGAUCUACAAAGUCAUUUCCAGCAGAAUUCUGGUGCUCCAAAUUAUCAGUUACCGUUACCACCCCAGAACUCUCAGCAUAUACAACAAACAAUGCAACCCCACGAUCAAGCUGCUGAAGCUCAAAGUAAUUUUAGUUGUUUCUCUGCUAGUCCCCAAUCAGAAGCACUAUUACAGGGUCAAUGGAACAUUCAGUCGCAUGAGAAGGUGCAGAAAUUAGACCAGCCAAUGCACGAGCAACAUAUCCAAGAGGAAUUUCGCCAAAGAUUAACAGAACAAGAUGAAGCUCAACGACCCCAUCAUUCUUCGGAAGGAUCUCUUACUGGUCAAAUUGCUGCUUCAGGAAGCAUUAUGGUACCCACAACGUCCAAUGUUGCUGCUGGCGCCAGUGACAAUGCAGACAAGGAGAAAUUGUGUCUCCAACAGCAAAAGUGGUUGUUGUUUUUGUGCCAUGCUCGUAAAUGUACAGCUCCUGAAGGAAAGUGCCCUGAACGUAAUUGCGUAAAGGGACAGAAGUUUUUAAAGCACGUACGAGACUGCAGUGUGCAACAACAAUGUCCAGUUAAAAAUUGUUCUGUUUCCAGGAAAUUGAUUAAUCAUAUUCAAAGGUGUCGAGACGCAGCAUGUCCGGUUUGUGUUCCUGCCCGUAUUGCUGCACACAAAAGUAAGUCAGGCGGCCGCGCUCUGUCUGUCAAUACCGCUUUACCAGUUAAUACUGCUUUACCAAAUUCAGUGAGUGGAUCUUGGAAACCCGUUCAUACUGGAGAUAGUGCUAGGUUGAUGACAGCCAAGACUAGUUCAUCAACUGCUGAGGCUACACACGAGUCGCAGUCUUCAUUGAAACGCAUGAAGGUGGAACACCCAUCUUCUUCUCAUGUUCCUAAAGUUGAAUGUUCUCCUGUAUUAGUUCCUGCAAUGAGCCAGCUUCAUGUUUCCCAUGUCGAACAUACUCAAGCAAGUCAACAUGUCGACCUUCCAGUGGCUUCAAUACCGAAGGUUAUUGACGUGAAAACAGAGAAAGUUUUUGGGCGAGGGAACCCUAGUUCGAAGGAGGUCCGGAAAGAUGAAUCUGACGAUGUUUGUAUAAUGAGGACCGAUAUUGGAUCCGUCAUCCCAAAUGAGACUGGUAAGCUUGCAAAACAAGAGAGCAUGAAAGUUGAGAAAGAGGUUGAACCAGAAAGUACUGCUGUUCCUACUGAAAGUGUACCUGGGAAAUCUGCAAAGUCAAAAGUGAAGGGUGUUUCUUUGACUGAACUGUUCACUCCAGAGCAAAUAAGAGAGCACAUCAAGGGUCUCAGGCAGUGGGUCGGUCAGAGCAAAGCGAAGGCUGAAAAAAACCAAGCAAUGGAACAUACGAUGAGUGAUAAUUCUUGUCAAUUGUGUGCAGUGGAAAAACUUACAUUUGAACCUCCUCCUAUAUAUUGCACACCUUGUGGUGCUCGAAUAAAGCGAAAUGCAACUUUUUAUACCAUGGGAACUGGUGAGACCAGGCAUUUCUUUUGCAUUCCUUGCUAUAAUGAGGCUCGUGGUGACAGUAUCGAGGUUGAUGGACAUCCAACUCCGAAGUCGAGGCUUGAAAAGAAGAGAAAUGAUGAAGAAACUGAAGAAUGGUGGGUCCAAUGUGAUAAAUGUGAAGCUUGGCAACAUCAAAUAUGCGCUCUCUUUAAUGGACGUAGAAAUGAUGGUGGGCAGGCUGAGUAUACUUGCCCGAACUGCUACAUAGGAGAGGUCGAAAGAGGAGAGAGAAAGCCAUUGCCUCAAAGUGCUGUUCUUGGUGCAAAAGAUUUGCCGAGAACAACACUAAGCGAUCACAUAGAGUCACGGCUUUUCAAGCGUUUAAGGCAGGAGAAACUAGAAAGAGCGCGGUACCAUGGAAAGAGUAUAGACGAGGUCCCAGGAGCAGAAUCACUUGUUGUCAGAGUCGUGUCUUCUGUUGAUAAAAAGUUGGAAGUGAAGCAGCAGUUUUUGGAAAUCUUUCGAGAAGACAAUUAUCCUUUAGAAUUUCCUUACAAAUCCAAGGUUGUUCUGUUGUUUCAAAAGAUUGAGGGCGUAGAAGUGUGCCUUUUUGGCAUGUAUGUUCAGGAAUUUGGCUCAGAAUGUCAGUACCCAAACCAGCGGCGUGUAUAUCUUUCUUAUCUGGAUUCUGUCAAAUACUUCAGACCUGAAAUAAGAACUGUUAGUGGGGAGGCUCUUCGUACUUUUGUUUAUCAUGAAAUUCUGAUAGGAUACCUUGAGUAUUGCAAGCUACGAGGAUUCACAAGCUGCUAUAUAUGGGCGUGCCCUCCCCUGAAGGGUGAAGAUUAUAUUUUGUAUUGCCAUCCGGAGAUUCAGAAGACGCCGAAGUCUGACAAACUCAGGGAGUGGUAUUUGGCUAUGCUUAGAAAAGCUUCAAAGGAGAACAUUGUGGCUGAGCUCACUAAUUUAUAUGACCAUUUCUUUAUCUCUACUGGAGAAUGUAAGGCCAAGGUUACUGCUUCACGAUUGCCAUAUUUUGACGGUGAUUAUUGGCCUGGUGCUGCCGAAGAUAUGAUCAAUCAACUCCGACAAGAGGAGGACGGGAGAAAAUUACAAAAGAAAGGGAAAACGAAAAAGAUUAUCACAAAAAGGGCUCUAAAAGCUGCUGGUCACACUGAUCUUUCUGCAAAUGCUUCCAAAGAUGUUCUUUUAAUGCAAAAGCUUGGUGAGACCAUAUGCCCGAUGAAAGAAGAUUUUAUAAUGGUACACCUGCAACAUUCAUGCAACCAUUGUUGUAGUCUAAUGGUAUCUGGGAACCGGUGGGUUUGCAACAUUUGCAAAAGAUUUCAGCUUUGCGACAAGUGCCAUGAUGCGGAGCAAAAACUUGAUGACAGAGAAAAACAUCCUAUCAAUAGCAGGGACAAACAUGCUUUGUAUCCGGUUGAAGUGAAGGAUGUGACACAAGAUACUAAGGACAAGGAUGAGACUUUAGAAAGUGAAUUCUUCGACACAAGACAGGCAUUUUUAAGUCUUUGUCAAGGAAAUCAUUAUCAGUAUGAUACUCUGCGAAGGGCAAAACAUUCGUCAAUGAUGGUUUUAUAUCAUCUUCAUAACCCAACUGCACCCGCUUUUGUUACUACAUGCAACAUGUGCCAGCAGGACAUCGAAACAGGUCAAGGAUGGAGGUGCGAGAUCUGCCCUGACUAUGAUGUGUGCAAUCCUUGUUUCCAGAAGGAUGGUGGUGCUGAUCAUCCUCAUAAGUUAACGAAUCAUCCAUCCGCCACUGAGAGUGCACAAAACACAGAAGCUCGACAGAAGCGAGUGUUGCAGCUUAGGAAAAUGCUCGAUCUUCUGGUGCACGCCUCUCAAUGUAGGUAUCCACAAUGCCAGUACCCCAAUUGCCGUAAGGUUAAAGGGCUGUUUCGCCAUGGUAUACAGUGCAAAAAGCGUGCUUCUGGUGGCUGCGUUCUAUGUAAGAAGAUGUGGUAUCUCCUUCAACUUCACGCUAGAGCAUGCAAAGAAUCGGAGUGCCAUGUGCCGCGUUGCAAAGACUUGAAAGAGCAUUUGAGAAGGUUGCAACAGCAAUCUGAUUCUCGACGUAGGGCAGCCGUGAUGGAGAUGAUGAGACAACGAGCUGCAGAGGUUGCUGGGAACAAUGGAUGAACACCGCUUUGUACAUAAUUGGUGGACAUCUGAAUAGAGAUACAGUGAAGCUGGGCAAAAGAUCUUAGCUGCUCCUACAAAUGAUUAUCCAAUCAAUGGAAAUGUGUAGAUGAUGAUGCCGAAAAUGUGAAGAGCAAGGAGUUGGGGCAGUAGGAAACCAUUCCAGUUGAAGGGGAUUUUUCAUUGUGGAAAGGCAAGAGUGUUUAUCAUCACCCUCAGAUUCUUUUUGAGCAGAACAAAAUGAGUUAAUGGAGUAUCGUCUUGGAUGGUGUGAUCAUUCUUGCCGUGGCUGCUGAAAGUAAAAUGUCCUUCCAACUUGGUGGUUGUACUUACAGAAUGUUGUCUUGGGAUCCCCUCUGUUGAGGUGAUUCUUUGAUUUGUCCUCUUUUUUGUAUUCCAGUGGCCAUCAUCCUUGUGUGGUGGGUGUACUAUAUUAAAGUUUUUCUAAUUUGUCGAAGCCUUCCGGAGAGAAGAGAAAUAGGGUAAAGAAAAAAAAGUAAAAAAAGAACAAUAGGGUGUCUGUCUAUUUUGAUUCUUUCUCUCUUUUUGCUGGAAAAAGGGAGGGGGUGGAGGCAAAGCAUCUCCUCGUUUGUUUCCAGCUGCCCCUUUUGAUUUUGUAGAAUACUGUUCUAAUUUAAUGUUGUGGAAAAGGAAAUAAGUAGUAAUUCUUAAACAUUUCUUCUUGUUUUCUGCUAUAGGCAACCUGAAUCCAUUGUAUCAUAUAUUCAUAUAGGAAUGGUUACCUUGUCAUGAAAAUGUUAAUUCAGUUCAGUCAUAUUUUUGAAUGAAA